UAAUUAGAUAGUUCAUAGUUUAUGUGCAAGUCCGAUUAUUAAUAGUGUCGAAAGAACCAAUCAUAUUUUUGGGAAAAAUUUUGAAAACACUUUUCGAAGUAUUUGACAUUUUCCGUAAAUAGAUUUAAAAAGAUAACGUUUCAAAGAUGUAAUGACAAUGAACAUAAUCUCAUCUUUCUUGGAAAGCUAAUCAAUCAAUUAACUUUACAUAAAUAGCACUUGGUUUUAAGUAUAAAUAUAUUAAAAUAUGCAACUAAGAUAUAGUACCUGCAAAUCUUGAUCUCUGAAGUCUAAAUUAACUGUUGCAUAAAGAUUGUGAUACAUUGUUGAAUUGUACUUUGUUUGCAGAGUUUGAAAACAGAGAUUUUCUCUGCCAAAACCCCAUGAAAAUCACUAUCAAAAUCUCAGUUCAUGCAGUUGUGCUCUUUCUUCUGGCAUGUUUUUAUGUGACAACAAGAAUUACAGCAAUAUUGCAGAAUGGAGAUCAGAAUGUGCUGUACAAGGACCCGAGGCAGCCUGUCGAGGCUCGGGUUGAGGAUCUUCUGAGAAGAAUGACUUUGAGGGAGAAAAUUGGACAGAUGAUGCAGCUGGAGCGCAAGAAUCUGACAGCAGAGAUUGUGAGAGAAUUUGGAGUUGGAAGCAUAUUGAGUGGUGGUGGAAGCUGGCCUUGUCAGAAUGCCACUGCUGAGGAGUGGAUCAGAAUGGUUAAUGAGUUUCAGAAGGGUGCUGUUUCGACGAGGCUGGGGAUUCCAGUGUUUUAUGGGAUUGACGCGGUUCAUGGGAAUAAUAAUGUUUAUAAUGCCACCAUAUUUCCCCAUAAUGUUGGCCUUGGAGCAACCAGGGAUCCUGAUCUGGUGAAAAGGAUUGGUGCUGCAACUGCUCUGGAAGUCAGGGCUACUGGCAUGCAGUAUGCUUUUGCUCCAUGUAUCGCGGUGUGUAGAGAUCCCAGAUGGGGUCGAUGUUAUGAAAGCUUCAGCGAAGAUCACACUGUGGUGCAGCAAAUGACAGAACACAUAUCUGGUUUACAAGGCGAAAUCCCUGCUGAUAUGCCCAAGGGCUAUCCUUAUAUUGGUGGAAAAACAAAGGUUAUGGGUAGUGCAAAGCACUAUGUAGGAGACGGUGGCACUGUAAAUGGAAUCAAUGAGAAUAACACGGUUGUUAGCUGGGAAGAAUUGCUGAGCAUUCACAUGCCUGCCUACCCGGACGCCAUUCAGAAGGGCAUUGCAACUGUCAUGGUGUCGUAUUCAAGCUGGAAUGGACUCAAGAUGCAUGCUAAUCAUGAUCUCGUUACUAAUUAUCUCAAGGGGAAACUAGGAUUCAAGGGUAUUGUCAUUUCUGAUUAUGAAGGUAUCGACAGAAUCACUACACCACCACAUGCAAACUACACAUUUUCCAUCCAAGCUUCGAUUCUUGCUGGUCUUGACAUGAUCAUGCUUCCUUACAAUUACGCUGAAUUCAGCAAUGUUUUGACUUCUUUAGUCAAGAAGAAAGUCAUUCCCAUGAGUCGUAUUGAUGAUGCAGUAUCAAGAAUUCUGAGAGUCAAGUUCAUUGCUGGCCUAUUUGAAAGUCCCAUGUCUGACGAAAGCUUUAUCAGUUACCUCGGAAGUAAGGAACAUAGAGAGUUGGCGAGGGAAGCAGCAAGAAAAUCUUUAGUACUUCUGAAAAAUGGUAAAUUUGGAGUUACACCUAUGCUCCCUUUGCCUAGAAAGGGAGGAGAAAUAUUAGUCGCGGGAAGUCAUGCAGAUGAUCUGGGAAAUCAAUGCGGAGGAUGGACUAUAACAUGGCAAGGACAAGCCGGCAACAACAUGACCAGAGGAACCACAAUUCUAGGUGGCAUACGCGCCACCAUUGACCCGAGUACAAAAAUUGUUUACAAGAAGAACCCUGAUGCAAAUUUCAUCAAAUCAAAGAAAUUUGACUAUGCCAUAGUAGUUGUGGGAGAGUCUCCAACUGCAGAAACAAAAGGAGACAAUUUAAACCUCACAAUUCCUGCAGAAGGACUAACCACAAUCAAGAAUGUCUGUGACAAUGUGAAAUGUGUUGUCAUCUUAAUCUCAGGCAGGCCUCUUGUGAUCGAACCAAUACUUCCAUCUGUUGAAGCUUUUGUGGCAGCUUGGUUGCCAGGUAGUGAAGGUCAGGGUGUCGCUGAUGUUCUUUAUGGCGACUAUGGUUUUAGUGGGAAACUACCUCGUACGUGGUUCAGGAGAGUAGAUCAGCUUCCAAUGAACUUCGGAGAUACAGAGUAUGAUCCAUUGUUUCCUUUUGGAUUUGGUCUACAGACCAAUGCUGUCGGAGUCAGGGAUAAGUAG